UUUGAGAGUAGCGGAAUACGUAUAUUUAUGUAGGUACCUACCUGCCUACUGCGAAGAGUUCAGUGUUUUCAUUUUCUGCGCCCGGUUUCUCUUCCAAAAUCAACGUUCAGUGUUUAAUUACUUUUUGUUAGGAUAUAUACUGCUCUUGUAAUCGUUUUUUAGAAAUGGCGUUAACUAAUGUGCUUUUGUUGAGCCAAAUAGCGGGGUAUUUGAUGGGCCUCAUACUGUCGCUUUGUGUUAUUGUUCCAAUGAGUAUGCACCAGGACGAAUUCAGUGGGAAUUGCUUGCUGUUCUCAAAAGGUGUAUGGCAAGAGGAUGGACAACUGCUAGUUUCAUGGGCCUCUAGAUUCUACUGCAACUAUGUUAUUCUAGUAGGAAUUCUCAUGUUCCUUGUGUGCUGCGUUCAGAUAUACAGACUCUCAAUGUUGGUGUACAAAGGGGAGGAUAGCUCAUUUCUGUCGGCAUUCUUGGAGGCUGUUGGAUGUACUGUGCUCUGCGGGCUUGGAGUCUCUGCUGCCCUGAUGGUUACUCUUGGUUUUAUGACUUGGUGUGAUAACAUCAUUGAACGGUUUCCUAGUUGUGAAGAUGCCACUGGUCAAGACAUAGAUACAAAAGAUAAAAUUUCAACUGUUGGUUUUUAUAUGGAGAUUGGAACAGCACAGUUUGGUGCAUGGGCAGCAUUCGCGACAUGGGUGGGUCUGGCUGUAUUUUCAACACUGAAAGUGUGUCGUUACCACCAGCUGCAGAACAUCCAGGUCUCGAUGUACCGGGAGCGACAGAGGCUUGUGAAUGAGAACGACUCGCAGCCAAGCUCUGAUGGACGGUCUACUCCUCCACAACAAUGAACUGUGAUAGUCAACCAUUUUCUAACAUAUUGAGAUUAUUUUAAAGUAACAAUUGUGGUGGGUAGUCAUCACACAACACUAGAUAUUUGACAGAUGCCUGAAUCUCGCUUACGAAAUUUUCAAGAUAAGCUCGCACAUAUACAAGUUCCGAACAACAACAUUCAGACCGUCGGUCUACCGAGCAAUAUCACCCGCUCUGUGGAAGAUCUUUCUUUUGUCGUAUACCCUCCACAUCAUAACUCUGGCAGACUGCUUUGACCAUGAACUUCGAUCCCCGUGUGCAAAACAACGUUCAAGUCUUCAGACCUUCUUGAUCUAAUUUGAUUCCAGCCAGUGGCCUGAGAGCCAGUCGAGGAGGAAUCAGCGAACAAACUCACGUGUAAUAUCAGUUUUAAUGUAUUAUUGUAUACUUGUUAAUUGAUGAGCUAAUGAUCAUGUAAUGAGCGACGGUGCCCUCUUACUAUCAGGCAGGCUUUAUGCUGCUUUGAAUGUUGAGCCAAAAUAAACCUAUUUUAAACCAAAUCUUGAAUGUAAUAAAUAAAUUACUUAUAGUUGUAAGGUCGUGCCCUUCAGCUCGCUUGACUGAUGCGAGACACAUUGUGAUUUUAAAUAUAAACAUUAUUUGUAGAUGUUAUGUAUCUUUUAAUAUAAAUUUUGUUCUUUAAAGUAGAGAUGAAACGGAUAUCCGAUAACUAUCCGGUCUAUCCGGCCAUGUUUUCACUAUCCGGCCGAAUACCGGAUAGUAAAACAGUAUCCGGCUGGAUUUCGGAUAGUAAAAUUUAAGAAAAUCUCAUGGUUAUACAAAAGGCAAAUAAUACCACAAUAGGUUAUGGACAACUUUUAUUUUUAUAAUCGCACGUCAUAAGUGAUUGUUUUAUCAAUUAGUUUGUUUAAUAUUCAAAAUGAACAAGUGGCAAAUUCUGGUGAAUGAAUACCAAAUCGUCGUUGUACCGAGUCGUCACGAUCUCCGCCCACGAGCGACAACACCCGAACGCGCUCGAGUAUUUCCGAAAGGGCCGAACAUCCGGCGCUUCGGCCUCGCAGCUUGCCGAAUAUUCGGUAUCCGGCCAAACCACUAUCCGUUUCAUCUCUGCUUUAAAGCGUGUAAAUAAGUCAGAUUAAACUGAAAAAUAUUAUUAUUAUGUAAAUGAUAAAUAAAUUAUUUAAUAUGA